AUGAAAAGUCGUAAAUGUAAGCCGACACGCAAGUCUCUUACCCUAUGCUGGUCAUUGACUGAUCUUUUACGACUCCAUCACGGUGUCAUAAAUGUUGACGGUCACAUCCAAUACUAUAUAAAAGACAUUUGCUUCCAUUUGGGGUCGUCAGAUCGUUUCUUGUCGGUAACCAAACCCCUCGUCGACUGGAAAAUGAUCAAAAUAGCGAUUUUACUCGUUUGCGUUGCCGUUUCUUUUGCUGAGCCCCAACGUCCAAAUGUUUACCUUCCGGUUCCAUUUAACCAACACGGGAGUGUAGGACCGUACAACUACGUUCGCGUGAUGCAGCAACUCUUCCAUCAUCCAGUCAACAGGGUCCCUGUCGUAACGACCAAUAGAUUACCCAGUCCUUCCUACCCAACUAUCGUUCGGUUACCUGCUCUGCCCAGUUUGCGUCAAUUCAGACUUCCGCCAGGUGGUUAUUUCAUCAUACCAGCUUCAGCACUUUACGGACAGCAACACGAAUCUUCCAUCCUAGCGACGCAAAGGUUUUUCCGACCGAUCGGUUUACCAACAGCUCCACAGGUACGUCCAGCUGGCGCCGAGGAUGACGAAUGCCAAGAUGACUCGGCAGACCUUCAGUCUACAGAAGAGACUGAAGAGCAAAUCUAAAAUUAGUACAUUAACAUUAAAUGUUGUCUUUAAAAAAUAUUUCCGAGUUACUUGUGGUAUAAAGGGGGAGGGGUGGACACACACAGCAUUUGGGGAACUAAAAAUCAGCAAUAAUAAAAAAUACUUUAUUUAAAUCAAACAUUCCGAAUCAAUUUCUCUCAAAUGAGAACAAACAUAUUGGCACUGAAUUUGGUCAAAUGAUUUAGAUUUCUUGUGCUUCAGUUUUGAGAGACGCCAAAUACACAAAAUUGAAGUACAACAA